AUGUAUCUCUUAAAACGAAGACUGCGACACCUUAACGCGAUCUCAAUACUUAGAGUGUCUUUGACAAACACUGGAGGUGGUGACCAAGACAUGGUCCAUACUGUAUCUUCCUUAUUUCUAGCAAUUGAGGAUCUUAAGGGGCGAUGCUUGUACGUCAGCGAAGCGCAGAAUGGCUCGCAUGGCAGCGUUCAAUUCGAGGAGAUGCCGUCUUUGCCCUACACGAUGACGAAGAUCAGGCUGAAAGUUCUGGGUCAAGUACCGCAAGGUUUGCUUGAGAUUAGUAGCGACUCGCCUGUCUGGACCGUCCUUGUAAGCUAUACGCUGGACCUGAGCCGUCUCUGCCCCAUCGCGAGCAAUGACGGCAACGUGUGCCCAAAAAAUGACAAUGUCAACGUGCCUGUGUUUCAUUUCCCAGACGGGCUCUUUGGCGCGCCUGGAGUAUUUGAAAAUGCUCCAAAGAACUCAAUUGAGCUAAUUCCUCAUAGAAAGAGCUUUACCUUCAACGGUGCGCUCAAACUGAACAAGAUACUGGAGUACUGGACUCAAAUUCAUGUGGAACUCGAAGAUUUGUCUCGAGAAAUUGAUACAAUCGUGGAUGAAAAUCCCAAACCGUUGCGCAAACAGGUGCUUCUGCAUGCUAGUGAGGAGCUGGAGCUCGCGAUCGAGCUGCGACGAGAAAAGAUCAAAAGCCUAAAACGCACUAACAACUCAGAUUCCUGCUAUCACUGCAAUCCUUCAACUGAGCAACGAAUCAAUGAGGACUAUGGUGCGACUCUGUCCGAGUACACAAACGCUUUGCAUCGGAUGCAGCACUUGGAAGAGCGCAAAAUAGGGCAGCUGCUUACCGCUAUGAAAAAAACAGGGUUGUGUGAUAGAAAUGGCUUCGUCGUGCCCAAUACAAAGGACCAAUCCGCUUACGAGAUUCAGCUGCAAAGAGUAAGCACAUCUACGGCAAUGGACAACACGGAACGCAUAUCAAAAAACUCGUUACUUGGUUACUACUUGUUGUUUGUAUAUAUUCUCGCGGAGAGGGUAUUUCGAUUACCGCUUCCACAUCAGCUAUCGUUUUACGGUAGCACGUCUGUGAUAGACAAUACACUGCCCCUGUACCUAGCAGACUCCCCGACUCAGAAGCACGUAUCCGACUUUAAAACGGCCCUUGAGCGCUUCAAUCUCAAUAUCAUGCAAGUGAAUCAGUUUUUGGAACGCCAUCGGUAA